GUACAGGUCACAACCAUGACACCAACAGUAAAACCAACAAUUCUAGUUGAGAGUCAGGCUCCCAAGAGGGAUGUCGUGUUCUUGCUGGAUGGAUCUGAUGGCACUAGGAGUGGAUUCCCAGCAAUGCGGGACUUUGUUCAAAGAGUAGUGGAGACACUCGGUGUGGAUGAGAACAAAGAUCGCGUGGCUGUGGUCCAGUACAGUAGAGAUCCAGCCGCCCAAUUCUAUCUGAACACAUACACAACAAAAGGAGAGAUUCUCAACACUGUAAGAGGUCUGAGACACAAAGGUGGGAGACCUCUCAACACUGGAGCAGCUCUCCAGUAUGUGAGAGACAAUGUCUUGACUGCCUCCUCCGGAAGUCGACGCACUGAAGGUGUUCCACAGUUACUGAUUCUGCUGAGUGGUGGAAGGUCCUUUGACAAUGUUGACACUCCAGCUUCUGCUCUGAAGGAGCUUGGGGUCUUGAUCUUUGGAAUUGGAACAAGGAGCUCUGAUAGCAGAGAAUUGCAGAGGAUAUCACAUGAUCCCAGUUACGCUCUGUCUGUCUCUGACUUCACUGACCUUCCAAACAUCCAGCAGCAACUUCUGUCCUCGGUGGAGUCAGUUGUUAUUGACGUUACGCCAGAAUCGACAACAGAUUUAGUUCCUCAUGACACCUCCAGAAAGGAUGUGGUAUUCCUUGUGGAUGGUUCUGAUGGCACAAGGAAUGGAUUCCCAGCAAUGCGUGAUUUUGUUCAGAGAGUAGUGGGGAAACUCAAUGUGGGAGGAGACAAAGACCGCGUUUCUGUUGUCCAGUACGGUAGAGAUCAAGAAGUUCAUUUCUAUCUGAACACAUACACCACAAAGGAGGACAUUCUUAACACUGUGAGAAGUCUGAGGCACAGAGGAGGUAGACCCCUUAACACUGGGGCAGCCCUCCAAUACGUAAGGGACAACGUCCUUACUGCCUCCUCUGGAAGCAGAAGCCAAGAGGGCGUCCCUCAGAUGCUGAUACUGCUGAGUGGGGGAAGGUCCAGUGAUAAUGUUGACAUACCAGCUUCUGCCCUGAAAGACAGUGGGGUCUUGAUCUUUGGCAUUGGAACCAGAAAUUCCAGCAGAGAGGUUCAAGGGAUUGCCACUGAUCCUAGUUUUUCCCAGUCUGUUUCUGAAUUCACUGACCUCCCCAGCGUCCAGGAGCAGUUUUUCUCCACACUCAUAACUGUACAAGUUGAGGCCACACCCAAAACCCCAACAGUCACAGUGGACCAAAGCAUUGCCAGAAAGGAUGUAGUGUUCCUGCUGGAUGGUUCCGAUGGCACUAGGAAUGGCUUUCCAGCAAUGCGUGACUUUGUUCAAAGAGUGGUAGAGAAACUCACUGUGGAGGAGAACAGAGAUCGAGUCUCUGUGGUCCAGUAUAGCAGAGAAUCAGAGGCCCACUUCUAUCUGAACACUUACACAUCAAAGGAAGACGUUGUGAACACCGUAAGAGGCCUGAAGCACAAAGGAGGGAGACCCCUCAACACUGGGGCAGCUCUCCAGUAUGUCAGGGACAAUGUCUUUAUUGCCUCCUCUGGAAGUAGGCGACUUGAAGGUGUUCCACAGAUUCUGAUACUGCUGAAUGGUGGAAGGUCCUUUGACAAUGUAGAUACACCAGCGACUGAUCUCAAGGAGCUUGGUGUCUUGGUGUUUGGAAUUGGAACAAGGAGCUCUGAUAGCAGAGAAUUACAGAAAAUAUCCUACGACCCCAGUUAUGCUCUUUCCGUGUCUGAAUUUACUGACCUCCCCAACGUCCAACAGCAGCUUCUUUCUGCUAUGAGCACUGUCAUUGUACAGGUCACAACCAUGACACCAACAGUAAAACCAACAAUUCUAGUUGAGAGUCAGGCUCCCAAGAGGGAUGUCGUGUUCUUGCUGGAUGGAUCUGAUGGCACUAGGAGUGGAUUCCCAGCAAUGCGGGACUUUGUUCAAAGAGUAGUGGAGACACUCGGUGUGGAUGAGAACAAAGAUCGCGUGGCUGUGGUCCAGUACAGUAGAGAUCCAGCCGCCCAAUUCUAUCUGAACACAUACACAACAAAAGGAGAGAUUCUCAACACUGUAAGAGGUCUGAGACACAAAGGUGGGAGACCUCUCAACACUGGAGCAGCUCUCCAGUAUGUGAGAGACAAUGUCUUGACUGCCUCCUCCGGAAGUCGACGCACUGAAGGUGUUCCACAGUUACUGAUUCUGCUGAGUGGUGGAAGGUCCUUUGACAAUGUUGACACUCCAGCUUCUGCUCUGAAGGAGCUUGGGGUCUUGAUCUUUGGAAUUGGAACAAGGAGCUCUGAUAGCAGAGAAUUGCAGAGGAUAUCACAUGAUCCCAGUUACGCUCUGUCUGUCUCUGACUUCACUGACCUUCCAAACAUCCAGCAGCAACUUCUGUCCUCGGUGGAUUCAGUUGUUAUUGACGUUACGCCAGAAUCGACAACAGAUUUAGUUCCUCAUGACACCUCCAGAAAGGAUGUGGUAUUCCUUGUGGAUGGUUCUGAUGGCACAAGGAAUGGAUUCCCAGCAAUGCGUGAUUUUGUUCAGAGAGUAGUGGGGAAACUCAAUGUGGGAGGAGACAAAGACCGCGUUUCUGUUGUCCAGUAUGGUAGAGAUCAAGAAGUUCAUUUCUAUCUGAACACAUACACCACAAAGGAGGACAUUCUUAACACUGUGAGAAGUCUGAGGCACAGAGGAGGUAGACCCCUUAACACUGGGGCAGCCCUCCAAUACGUAAGGGACAACGUCCUUACUGCCUCCUCUGGAAGCAGAAGCCAAGAGGGCGUCCCUCAGAUGCUGAUACUGCUGAGUGGGGGAAGGUCCAGUGAUAAUGUUGACAUACCAGCUUCUGCCCUGAAAGACAGUGGGGUCUUGAUCUUUGGCAUUGGAACCAGAAAUUCCAGCAGAGAGGUUCAAGGGAUUGCCACUGAUCCUAGUUUUUCCCAGUCUGUUUCUGAAUUCACUGACCUCCCCAGCGUCCAGGAGCAGUUUUUCUCCACACUCAUAACUGUACAAGUUGAGGCCACACCCAAAACCCCAACAGUCAUAGUGGACCAAAGCAUUGCCAGAAAGGAUGUAGUGUUCCUGCUGGAUGGUUCCGAUGGCACUAGGAAUGGCUUUCCAGCAAUGCGUGACUUUGUUCAAAGAGUGGUAGAGAAACUCACUGUGGAGGAGAACAGAGAUCGAGUCUCUGUGGUCCAGUAUAGCAGAGAAUCAGAGGCCCACUUCUAUCUGAACACUUACACAACAAAGGAAGAUGUUGUGAACACCGUAAGAGGCCUGAAGCACAAAGGAGGGAGACCCCUCAACACUGGGGCAGCUCUCCAGUAUGUCAGGGACAAUGUCUUUAUUGCCUCCUCUGGAAGUAGGCGACUUGAAGGUGUUCCACAGAUUCUGAUACUGCUGAAUGGUGGAAGGUCCUUUGACAAUGUAGAUACACCAGCGACUGAUCUCAAGGAGCUUGGUGUCUUGGUGUUUGGAAUUGGAACAAGGAGCUCUGAUAGCAGAGAAUUACAGAAAAUAUCCUACGACCCCAGUUAUGCUCUUUCCGUGUCUGAAUUUACUGACCUCCCCAACGUCCAACAGCAGCUUCUUUCUGCUAUGAGCACUGUCAUUGUACAGGUCACAACCAUGACACCAACAGUAAAACCAACAAUUCUAGUUGAGAGUCAGGCUCCCAGGAGGGAUGUCGUGUUCUUGCUGGAUGGAUCUGAUGGCACUAGGAGUGGAUUCCCAGCAAUGCGGGACUUUGUUCAAAGAGUAGUGGAGACACUCGGUGUGGAUGAGAACAAAGAUCGCGUGGCUGUGGUCCAGUACAGUAGAGAUCCAGCCGCCCAAUUCUAUCUGAACACAUACACAACAAAAGGAGAGAUUCUCAACACUGUACGAGGUCUGAGACACAAAGGUGGGAGACCUCUCAACACUGGAGCAGCUCUCCAGUACGUGAGAGACAAGGUCUUGACUGCCUCCUCCGGAAGUCGACGCACUGAAGGUGUUCCACAGUUACUGAUUCUGCUGAGUGGUGGAAGGUCCUUUGACAAUGUUGACACUCCAGCUUCUGCUCUGAAGGAGCUUGGGGUCUUGAUCUUUGGAAUUGGAACAAGGAGCUCUGAUAGCAGAGAAUUGCAGAGGAUAUCACAUGAUCCCAGUUACGCUCUGUCUGUCUCUGACUUCACUGACCUUCCAAACAUCCAGCAGCAACUUCUGUCCUCGGUGGAGUCAGUUGUUAUUGACGUUACGCCAGAAUCGACAACAGAUUUAGUUCCUCAUGACACCUCCAGAAAGGAUGUGGUAUUCCUUGUGGAUGGUUCUGAUGGCACAAGGAAUGGAUUCCCAGCAAUGCGUGAUUUUGUUCAGAGAGUAGUGGGGAAACUCAAUGUGGGAGGAGACAAAGACCGUGUUUCUGUUGUCCAGUACGGUAGAGAUCAAGAAGUUCAUUUCUAUCUGAACACAUACACUACAAAGGAGGACAUUCUUAACACUGUGAGAAGUCUGAGGCACAGAGGAGGUAGACCCCUUAACACUGGGGCAGCCCUCCAAUACGUAAGGGACAACGUCCUUACUGCCUCCUCUGGAAGCAGAAGCCAAGAGGGCGUCCCUCAGAUGCUGAUACUGCUGAGUGGGGGAAGGUCCAGUGAUAAUGUUGACAUACCAGCUUCUGCCCUGAAAGACAGUGGGGUCUUGAUCUUUGGCAUUGGAACCAGAAAUUCCAGCAGAGAGGUUCAAGGGAUUGCCACUGAUCCUAGUUUUUCCCAGUCUGUUUCUGAAUUCACUGACCUCCCCAGCGUCCAGGAGAAGUUUUUCUCCACACUCAUAACUGUACAAGUUGAGGCCACACCCAAAACCCCAACAGUCAUAGUGGACCAAAGCAUUGCCAGAAAGGAUGUAGUAUUCCUGCUGGAUGGUUCUGAUGGUACUAGGAAUGGCUUUCCAGCAAUGCGUGACUUUGUUCAAAGAGUGGUAGAGAAACUCACUGUGGAGGAGAACAGAGAUCGAGUCUCUGUGGUCCAGUAUAGCAUAGAAUCAGAGGCCCACUUCUAUCUGAACACUUACACAACAAAGGAAGACGUUGUGAACACCGUAAGAGGCCUGAGGCACAAAGGAGGGAGACCCCUCAACACUGGGGCUGCUCUCCAGUAUGUCAGGGACAAUGUCUUUACUGCCUCCUCCGGAAGUAGGCGCCUUGAAGGUGUUCCACAGAUUCUGAUACUGCUGAAUGGUGGAAGGUCCUUUGACAAUGUAGAUACACCAGCGUCUGAUCUCAAGGAGCUUGGUGUCUUGGUGUUUGGAAUUGGAACAAGGAGCUCUGAUAGCAGAGAAUUACAGAAAAUAUCCUAUGACCCCAGUUAUGCUCUUUCCGUGUCUGAAUUUACUGACCUCCCCAACGUCCAACAGCAGCUUCUUUCUGCUAUGAGCACUGUCAUUGUACAGGUCACAACCAUGACACCAACAGUAAAACCAACAAUUCUAGUUGAGAGUCAGGCUCCCAGGAGGGAUGUCGUGUUCUUGCUGGAUGGAUCUGAUGGCACUAGGAGUGGAUUCCCAGCAAUGCGGGACUUUGUUCAAAGAGUAGUGGAGACACUCGGUGUGGAUGAGAACAAAGAUCGCGUGGCUGUGGUCCAGUACAGUAGAGAUCCAGCCGCCCAAUUCUAUCUGAACACAUACACAACAAAAGGAGAGAUUCUCAACACUGUAAGAGGUCUGAGACACAAAGGUGGGAGACCUCUCAACACUGGAGCAGCUCUCCAGUACGUGAGAGACAAUGUCUUGACUGCCUCCUCCGGAAGUCGACGCACUGAAGGUGUUCCACAGUUACUGAUUCUGCUGAGUGGUGGAAGGUCCUUUGACAAUGUUGACACUCCAGCUUCUGCUCUGAAGGAGCUUGGGGUCUUGAUCUUUGGAAUUGGAACAAGGAGCUCUGAUAGCAGAGAAUUGCAGAGGAUAUCACAUGAUCCCAGUUACGCUCUGUCUGUCUCUGACUUCACUGACCUUCCAAACAUCCAGCAGCAACUUCUGUCCUCGGUGGAGUCAGUUGUUAUUGACGUUACGCCAGAAUCGACAACAGAUUUAGUUCCUCAUGACACCUCCAGAAAGGAUGUGGUAUUCCUUGUGGAUGGUUCUGAUGGCACAAGGAAUGGAUUCCCAGCAAUGCGUGAUUUUGUUCAGAGAGUAGUGGGGAAACUCAAUGUGGGAGGAGACAAAGACCGCGUUUCUGUUGUCCAGUACGGUAGAGAUCAAGAAGUUCAUUUCUAUCUGAACACAUACACCACAAAGGAGGACAUUCUUAACACUGUGAGAAGUCUGAGGCACAGAGGAGGUAGACCCCUUAACACUGGGGCAGCCCUCCAAUACGUAAGGGACAACGUCCUUACUGCCUCCUCUGGAAGCAGAAGCCAAGAGGGCGUCCCUCAGAUGCUGAUACUGCUGAGUGGGGGAAGGUCCAGUGAUAAUGUUGACAUACCAGCUUCUGCCCUGAAAGACAGUGGGGUCUUGAUCUUUGGCAUUGGAACCAGAAAUUCCAGCAGAGAGGUUCAAGGGAUUGCCACUGAUCCUAGUUUUUCCCAGUCUGUUUCUGAAUUCACUGACCUCCCCAGCGUCCAGGAGCAGUUUUUCUCCACACUCAUAACUGUACAAGUUGAGGCCACACCCAAAACCCCAACAGUCACAGUGGACCAAAGCAUUGCCAGAAAGGAUGUAGUAUUCCUGCUGGAUGGUUCUGAUGGCACUAGGAAUGGCUUUCCAGCAAUGCGUGACUUUGUUCAAAGAGUGGUAGAGAAACUCACUGUGGAGGAGAACAGAGAUCGAGUCUCUGUGGUCCAGUAUAGCAGAGAAUCAGAGGCCCACUUCUAUCUGAACACUUACACAACAAAGGAAGACGUUGUGAACACCGUAAGAGGCCUGAGGCACAAAGGAGGGAGACCCCUCAACACUGGGGCAGCUCUCCAGUAUGUCAGGGACAAUGUCUUUACUGCCUCCUCCGGAAGUAGGCGCCUUGAAGGUGUUCCACAGAUUCUGAUACUGCUGAAUGGUGGAAGGUCCUUUGACAAUGUAGAUACACCAGCGUCUGAUCUCAAGGAGCUUGGUGUCUUGGUGUUUGGAAUUGGAACAAGGAGCUCUGAUAGCAGAGAAUUACAGAAAAUAUCCUAUGACCCCAGUUAUGCUCUUUCCGUGUCUGAAUUUACUGACCUCCCCAACGUCCAACAGCAGCUUCUUUCUGCUAUGAGCACUGUCAUUGUACAGGUCACAACCAUGACACCAACAGUAAAACCAACAAUUCUAGUUGAGAGUCAGGCUCCCAGGAGGGAUGUUGUGUUCUUGCUGGAUGGAUCUGAUGGCACUAGGAGUGGAUUCCCAGCAAUGCGGGACUUUGUUCAAAGAGUAGUGGAGACACUCGGUGUGGAUGAGAACAAAGAUCGCGUGGCUGUGGUCCAGUACAGUGGAGAUCCAGUCGCCCAAUUCUAUCUGAACACAUACACAACAAAAGGAGAGAUUCUCAACACUGUACAAGGUCUGAGACACAAAGGUGGGAGACCUCUCAACACUGGAGCAGCUCUCCAGUACGUGAGAGACAAUGUCUUGACUGCCUCCUCCGGAAGUCGACGCACUGAAGGUGUUCCACAGUUACUGAUUCUGCUGAGUGGUGGAAGGUCCUUUGACAAUGUUGACACUCCAGCUUCUGCUCUGAAGGAGCUUGGGGUCUUGAUCUUUGGAAUUGGAACAAGGAGCUCUGAUAGCAGAGAAUUGCAGAGGAUAUCACAUGAUCCCAGUUACGCUCUGUCUGUCUCUGACUUCACUGACCUUCCAAACAUCCAGCAGCAACUUCUGUCCUCGGUGGAGUCAGUUGUUAUUGACGUUACGCCAGAAUCGACAACAGAUUUAGUUCCUCAUGACACCUCCAGAAAGGAUGUGGUAUUCCUUGUGGAUGGUUCUGAUGGCACAAGGAAUGGAUUCCCAGCAAUGCGUGAUUUUGUUCAGAGAGUAGUGGGGAAACUCAAUGUGGGAGGAGACAAAGACCGCGUUUCUGUUGUCCAGUACGGUAGAGAUCAAGAAGUUCAUUUCUAUCUGAACACAUACACCACAAAGGAGGACAUUCUUAACACUGUGAGAAGUCUGAGGCACAGAGGAGGUAGACCCCUUAACACUGGGGCAGCCCUCCAAUACGUAAGGGACAACGUCCUUACUGCCUCCUCUGGAAGCAGAAGCCAAGAGGGCGUCCCUCAGAUGCUGAUACUGCUGAGUGGGGGAAGGUCCAGUGAUAAUGUUGACAUACCAGCUUCUGCCCUGAAAGACAGUGGGGUCUUGAUCUUUGGCAUUGGAACCAGAAAUUCCAGCAGAGAGGUUCAAGGGAUUGCCACUGAUCCUAGUUUUUCCCAGUCUGUUUCUGAAUUCACUGACCUCCCCAGCGUCCAGGAGCAGUUUUUCUCCACACUCAUAACUGUACAAGUUGAGGCCACACCCAAAACCCCAACAGUCACAGUGGACCAAAGCAUUGCCAGAAAGGAUGUAGUAUUCCUGCUGGAUGGUUCUGAUGGCACUAGGAAUGGCUUUCCAGCAAUGCGUGACUUUGUUCAAAGAGUGGUAGAGAAACUCACUGUGGAGGAGAACAGAGAUCGAGUCUCUGUGGUCCAGUAUAGCAGAGAAUCAGAGGCCCACUUCUAUCUGAACACUUACACAACAAAGGAAGACGUUGUGAACACCGUAAGAGGCCUGAGGCACAAAGGAGGGAGACCCCUCAACACUGGGGCAGCUCUCCAGUAUGUCAGGGACAAUGUCUUUACUGCCUCCUCCGGAAGUAGGCGCCUUGAAGGUGUUCCACAGAUUCUGAUACUGCUGAAUGGUGGAAGGUCCUUUGACAAUGUAGAUACACCAGCGUCUGAUCUCAAGGAGCUUGGUGUCUUGGUGUUUGGAAUUGGAACAAGGAGCUCUGAUAGCAGAGAAUUACAGAAAAUAUCCUAUGACCCCAGUUAUGCUCUUUCCGUGUCUGAAUUUACUGACCUCCCCAACGUCCAACAGCAGCUUCUUUCUGCUAUGAGCACUGUCAUUGUACAGGUCACAACCAUGACACCAACAGUAAAACCAACAAUUCUAGUUGAGAGUCAGGCUCCCAGGAGGGAUGUUGUGUUCUUGCUGGAUGGAUCUGAUGGCACUAGGAGUGGAUUCCCAGCAAUGCGGGACUUUGUUCAAAGAGUAGUGGAGACACUCGGUGUGGAUGAGAACAAAGAUCGCGUGGCUGUGGUCCAGUACAGUAGAGAUCCAGCCGCCCAAUUCUAUCUGAACACAUACACAACAAAAGGAGAGAUUCUCAACACUGUACGAGGUCUGAGACACAAAGGUGGGAGACCUCUCAACACUGGAGCAGCUCUCCAGUACGUGAGAGACAAUGUCUUGACUGCCUCCUCCGGAAGUCGACGCACUGAAGGUGUUCCACAGUUACUGAUUCUGCUGAGUGGUGGAAGGUCCUUUGACAAUGUUGACACUCCAGCUUCUGCUCUGAAGGAGCUUGGGGUCUUGAUCUUUGGAAUUGGAACAAGGAGCUCUGAUAGCAGAGAAUUGCAGAGGAUAUCACAUGAUCCCAGUUACGCUCUGUCUGUCUCUGACUUCACUGACCUUCCAAACAUCCAGCAGCAACUUCUGUCCUCGGUGGAGUCAGUUGUUAUUGACGUUACGCCAGAAUCGACAACAGAUUUAGUUCCUCAUGACACCUCCAGAAAGGAUGUGGUAUUCCUUGUGGAUGGUUCUGAUGGCACAAGGAAUGGAUUCCCAGCAAUGCGUGAUUUUGUUCAGAGAGUAGUGGGGAAACUCAAUGUGGGAGGAGACAAAGACCGCGUUUCUGUUGUCCAGUACGGUAGAGAUCAAGAAGUUCAUUUCUAUCUGAACACAUACACCACAAAGGAGGACAUUCUUAACACUGUGAGAAGUCUGAGGCACAGAGGAGGUAGACCCCUUAACACUGGGGCAGCCCUCCAAUACGUAAGGGACAACGUCCUUACUGCCUCCUCUGGAAGCAGAAGCCAAGAGGGCGUCCCUCAGAUGCUGAUACUGCUGAGUGGGGGAAGGUCCAGUGAUAAUGUUGACAUACCAGCUUCUGCCCUGAAAGACAGUGGGGUCUUGAUCUUUGGCAUUGGAACCAGAAAUUCCAGCAGAGAGGUUCAAGGGAUUGCCACUGAUCCUAGUUUUUCCCAGUCUGUUUCUGAAUUCACUGACCUCCCCAGCGUCCAGGAGCAGUUUUUCUCCACACUCAUAACUGUACAAGUUGAGGCCACACCCAAAACCCCAACAGUCACAGUGGACCAAAGCAUUGCCAGAAAGGAUGUAGUAUUCCUGCUGGAUGGUUCUGAUGGCACUAGGAAUGGCUUUCCAGCAAUGCGUGACUUUGUUCAAAGAGUGGUAGAGAAACUCACUGUGGAGGAGAACAGAGAUCGAGUCUCUGUGGUCCAGUAUAGCAGAGAAUCAGAGGCCCACUUCUAUCUGAACACUUACACAACAAAGGAAGACGUUGUGAACACCGUAAGAGGCCUGAGGCACAAAGGAGGGAGACCCCUCAACACUGGGGCAGCUCUCCAGUAUGUCAGGGACAAUGUCUUUACUGCCUCCUCCGGAAGUAGGCGCCUUGAAGGUGUUCCACAGAUUCUGAUACUGCUGAAUGGUGGAAGGUCCUUUGACAAUGUAGAUACACCAGCGUCUGAUCUCAAGGAGCUUGGUGUCUUGGUGUUUGGAAUUGGAACAAGGAGCUCUGAUAGCAGAGAAUUACAGAAAAUAUCCUAUGACCCCAGUUAUGCUCUUUCCGUGUCUGAAUUUACUGACCUCCCCAACGUCCAACAGCAGCUUCUUUCUGCUAUGAGCACUGUCAUUGUACAGGUCACAACCAUGACACCAACAGUAAAACCAACAAUUCUAGUUGAGAGUCAGGCUCCCAGGAGGGAUGUUGUGUUCUUGCUGGAUGGAUCUGAUGGCACUAGGAGUGGAUUCCCAGCAAUGCGGGACUUUGUUCAAAGAGUAGUGGAGACACUCGGUGUGGAUGAGAACAAAGAUCGCGUGGCUGUGGUCCAGUACAGUAGAGAUCCAGCCGCCCAAUUCUAUCUGAACACAUACACAACAAAAGGAGAGAUUCUCAACACUGUACGAGGUCUGAGACACAAAGGUGGGAGACCUCUCAACACUGGAGCAGCUCUCCAGUACGUGAGAGACAAUGUCUUGACUGCCUCCUCCGGAAGUCGACGCACUGAAGGUGUUCCACAGUUACUGAUUCUGCUGAGUGGUGGAAGGUCCUUUGACAAUGUUGACACUCCAGCUUCUGCUCUGAAGGAGCUUGGGGUCUUGAUCUUUGGAAUUGGAACAAGGAGCUCUGAUAGCAGAGAAUUGCAGAGGAUAUCACAUGAUCCCAGUUACGCUCUGUCUGUCUCUGACUUCACUGACCUUCCAAACAUCCAGCAGCAACUUCUGUCCUCGGUGGAGUCAGUUGUUAUUGACGUUACGCCAGAAUCGACAACAGAUUUAGUUCCUCAUGACACCUCCAGAAAGGAUGUGGUAUUCCUUGUGGAUGGUUCUGAUGGCACAAGGAAUGGAUUCCCAGCAAUGCGUGAUUUUGUUCAGAGAGUAGUGGGGAAACUCAAUGUGGGAGGAGACAAAGACCGCGUUUCUGUUGUCCAGUACGGUAGAGAUCAAGAAGUUCAUUUCUAUCUGAACACAUACACCACAAAGGAGGACAUUCUUAACACUGUGAGAAGUCUGAGGCACAGAGGAGGUAGACCCCUUAACACUGGGGCAGCCCUCCAAUACGUAAGGGACAACGUCCUUACUGCCUCCUCUGGAAGCAGAAGCCAAGAGGGCGUCCCUCAGAUGCUGAUACUGCUGAGUGGGGGAAGGUCCAGUGAUAAUGUUGACAUACCAGCUUCUGCCCUGAAAGACAGUGGGGUCUUGAUCUUUGGCAUUGGAACCAGAAAUUCCAGCAGAGAGGUUCAAGGGAUUGCCACUGAUCCUAGUUUUUCCCAGUCUGUUUCUGAAUUCACUGACCUCCCCAGCGUCCAGGAGCAGUUUUUCUCCACACUCAUAACUGUACAAGUUGAGGCCACACCCAAAACCCCAACAGUCACAGUGGACCAAAGCAUUGCCAGAAAGGAUGUAGUAUUCCUGCUGGAUGGUUCUGAUGGCACUAGGAAUGGCUUUCCAGCAAUGCGUGACUUUGUUCAAAGAGUGGUAGAGAAACUCACUGUGGAGGAGAACAGAGAUCGAGUCUCUGUGGUCCAGUAUAGCAGAGAAUCAGAGGCCCACUUCUAUCUGAACACUUACACAACAAAGGAAGACGUUGUGAACACCGUAAGAGGCCUGAGGCACAAAGGAGGGAGACCCCUCAACACUGGGGCAGCUCUCCAGGAUGUCAGGGACAAUGUCUUUACUGCCUCCUCCGGAAGUAGGCGCCUUGAAGGUGUUCCACAGAUUCUGAUACUGCUGAAUGGUGGAAGGUCCUUUGACAAUGUAGAUACACCAGCGUCUGAUCUCAAGGAGCUUGGUGUCUUGGUGUUUGGAAUUGGAACAAGGAGCUCUGAUAGCAGAGAAUUACAGAAAAUAUCCUAUGACCCCAGUUAUGCUCUUUCCGUGUCUGAAUUUACUGACCUCCCCAACGUCCAACAGCAGCUUCUUUCUGCUAUGAGCACUGUCAUUGUACAGGUCACAACCAUGACACCAACAGUAAAACCAACAAUUCUAGUUGAGAGUCAGGCUCCCAGGAGGGAUGUUGUGUUCUUGCUGGAUGGAUCUGAUGGCACUAGGAGUGGAUUCCCAGCAAUGCGGGACUUUGUUCAAAGAGUAGUGGAGACACUCGGUGUGGAUGAGAACAAAGAUCGCGUGGCUGUGGUCCAGUACAGUAGAGAUCCAGCCGCCCAAUUCUAUCUGAACACAUACACAACAAAAGGAGAGAUUCUCAACACUGUACGAGGUCUGAGACACAAAGGUGGGAGACCUCUCAACACUGGAGCAGCUCUCCAGUACGUGAGAGACAAUGUCUUGACUGCCUCCUCCGGAAGUCGACGCACUGAAGGUGUUCCACAGUUACUGAUUCUGCUGAGUGGUGGAAGGUCCUUUGACAAUGUUGACACUCCAGCUUCUGCUCUGAAGGAGCUUGGGGUCUUGAUCUUUGGAAUUGGAACAAGGAGCUCUGAUAGCAGAGAAUUGCAGAGGAUAUCACAUGAUCCCAGUUACGCUCUGUCUGUCUCUGACUUCACUGACCUUCCAAACAUCCAGCAGCAACUUCUGUCCUCGGUGGAGUCAGUUGUUAUUGACGUUACGCCAGAAUCGACAACAGAUUUAGUUCCUCAUGACACCUCCAGAAAGGAUGUGGUAUUCCUUGUGGAUGGUUCUGAUGGCACAAGGAAUGGAUUCCCAGCAAUGCGUGAUUUUGUUCAGAGAGUAGUGGGGAAACUCAAUGUGGGAGGAGACAAAGACCGCGUUUCUGUUGUCCAGUACGGUAGAGAUCAAGAAGUUCAUUUCUAUCUGAACACAUACACCACAAAGGAGGACAUUCUUAACACUGUGAGAAGUCUGAGGCACAGAGGAGGUAGACCCCUUAACACUGGGGCAGCCCUCCAAUACGUAAGGGACAACGUCCUUACUGCCUCCUCUGGAAGCAGAAGCCAAGAGGGCGUCCCUCAGAUGCUGAUACUGCUGAGUGGGGGAAGGUCCAGUGAUAAUGUUGACAUACCAGCUUCUGCCCUGAAAGACAGUGGGGUCUUGAUCUUUGGCAUUGGAACCAGAAAUUCCAGCAGAGAGGUUCAAGGGAUUGCCACUGAUCCUAGUUUUUCCCAGUCUGUUUCUGAAUUCACUGACCUCCCCAGCGUCCAGGAGCAGUUUUUCUCCACACUCAUAACUGUACAAGUUGAGGCCACACCCAAAACCCCAACAGUCACAGUGGACCAAAGCAUUGCCAGAAAGGAUGUAGUAUUCCUGCUGGAUGGUUCUGAUGGCACUAGGAAUGGCUUUCCAGCAAUGCGUGACUUUGUUCAAAGAGUGGUAGAGAAACUCACUGUGGAGGAGAACAGAGAUCGAGUCUCUGUGGUCCAGUAUAGCAGAGAAUCAGAGGCCCACUUCUAUCUGAACACUUACACAACAAAGGAAGACGUUGUGAACACCGUAAGAGGCCUGAGGCACAAAGGAGGGAGACCCCUCAACACUGGGGCAGCUCUCCAGUAUGUCAGGGACAAUGUCUUUACUGCCUCCUCCGGAAGUAGGCGCCUUGAAGGUGUUCCACAGAUUCUGAUACUGCUGAAUGGUGGAAGGUCCUUUGACAAUGUAGAUACACCAGCGUCUGAUCUCAAGGAGCUUGGUGUCUUGGUGUUUGGAAUUGGAACAAGGAGCUCUGAUAGCAGAGAAUUACAGAAAAUAUCCUAUGACCCCAGUUAUGCUCUUUCCGUGUCUGAAUUUACUGACCUCCCCAACGUCCAACAGCAGCUUCUUUCUGCUAUGAGCACUGUCAUUGUACAGGUCACAACCAUGACACCAACAGUAAAACCAACAAUUCUAGUUGAGAGUCAGGCUCCCAGGAGGGAUGUUGUGUUCUUGCUGGAUGGAUCUGAUGGCACUAGGAGUGGAUUCCCAGCAAUGCGGGACUUUGUUCAAAGAGUAGUGGAGACACUCGGUGUGGAUGAGAACAAAGAUCGCGUGGCUGUGGUCCAGUACAGUAGAGAUCCAGCCGCCCAAUUCUAUCUGAACACAUACACAACAAAAGGAGAGAUUCUCAACACUGUACGAGGUCUGAGACACAAAGGUGGGAGACCUCUCAACACUGGAGCAGCUCUCCAGUACGUGAGAGACAAUGUCUUGACUGCCUCCUCCGGAAGUCGACGCACUGAAGGUGUUCCACAGUUACUGAUUCUGCUGAGUGGUGGAAGGUCCUUUGACAAUGUUGACACUCCAGCUUCUGCUCUGAAGGAGCUUGGGGUCUUGAUCUUUGGAAUUGGAACAAGGAGCUCUGAUAGCAGAGAAUUGCAGAGGAUAUCACAUGAUCCCAGUUACGCUCUGUCUGUCUCUGACUUCACUGACCUUCCAAACAUCCAGCAGCAACUUCUGUCCUCGGUGGAGUCAGUUGUUAUUGACGUUACGCCAGAAUCGACAACAGAUUUAGUUCCUCAUGACACCUCCAGAAAGGAUGUGGUAUUCCUUGUGGAUGGUUCUGAUGGCACAAGGAAUGGAUUCCCAGCAAUGCGUGAUUUUGUUCAGAGAGUAGUGGGGAAACUCAAUGUGGGAGGAGACAAAGACCGCGUUUCUGUUGUCCAGUACGGUAGAGAUCAAGAAGUUCAUUUCUAUCUGAACACAUACACCACAAAGGAGGACAUUCUUAACACUGUGAGAAGUCUGAGGCACAGAGGUGGUAGACCCCUUAACACUGGGGCAGCCCUCCAAUACGUAAGGGACAACGUCCUUACUGCCUCCUCUGGAAGCAGAAGCCAAGAGGGCGUCCCUCAGAUGCUGAUACUGCUGAGUGGGGGAAGGUCCAGUGAUAAUGUUGACAUACCAGCUUCUGCCCUGAAAGACAGUGGGGUCUUGAUCUUUGGCAUUGGAACCAGAAAUUCCAGCAGAGAGGUUCAAGGGAUUGCCACUGAUCCUAGUUUUUCCCAGUCUGUUUCUGAAUUCACUGACCUCCCCAGCGUCCAGGAGCAGUUUUUCUCCACACUCAUAACUGUACAAGUUGAGGCCACACCCAAAACCCCAACAGUCACAGUGGACCAAAGCAUUGCCAGAAAGGAUGUAGUAUUCCUGCUGGAUGGUUCUGAUGGCACUAGGAAUGGCUUUCCAGCAAUGCGUGACUUUGUUCAAAGAGUGGUAGAGAAACUCACUGUGGAGGAGAACAGAGAUCGAGUCUCUGUGGUCCAGUAUAGCAGAGAAUCAGAGGCCCACUUCUAUCUGAACACUUACACAACAAAGGAAGACGUUGUGAACACCGUAAGAGGCCUGAGGCACAAAGGAGGGAGACCCCUCAACACUGGGGCAGCUCUCCAGUAUGUCAGGGACAAUGUCUUUACUGCCUCCUCCGGAAGUAGGCGCCUUGAAGGUGUUCCACAGAUUCUGAUACUGCUGAAUGGUGGAAGGUCCUUUGACAAUGUAGAUACACCAGCGUCUGAUCUCAAGGAGCUUGGUGUCUUGGUGUUUGGAAUUGGAACAAGGAGCUCUGAUAGCAGAGAAUUACAGAAAAUAUCCUAUGACCCCAGUUAUGCUCUUUCCGUGUCUGAAUUUACUGACCUCCCCAACGUCCAACAGCAGCUUCUUUCUGCUAUGAGCACUGUCAUUGUACAGGUCACAACCAUGACACCAACAGUAAAACCAACAAUUCUAGUUGAGAGUCAGGCUCCCAGGAGGGAUGUUGUGUUCUUGCUGGAUGGAUCUGAUGGCACUAGGAGUGGAUUCCCAGCAAUGCGGGACUUUGUUCAAAGAGUAGUGGAGACACUCGGUGUGGAUGAGAACAAAGAUCGCGUGGCUGUGGUCCAGUACAGUAGAGAUCCAGCCGCCCAAUUCUAUCUGAACACAUACACAACAAAAGGAGAGAUUCUCAACACUGUACGAGGUCUGAGACACAAAGGUGGGAGACCUCUCAACACUGGAGCAGCUCUCCAGUACGUGAGAGACAAUGUCUUGACUGCCUCCUCCGGAAGUCGACGCACUGAAGGUGUUCCACAGUUACUGAUUCUGCUGAGUGGUGGAAGGUCCUUUGACAAUGUUGACACUCCAGCUUCUGCUCUGAAGGAGCUUGGGGUCUUGAUCUUUGGAAUUGGAACAAGGAGCUCUGAUAGCAGAGAAUUGCAGAGGAUAUCACAUGAUCCCAGUUACGCUCUGUCUGUCUCUGACUUCACUGACCUUCCAAACAUCCAGCAGCAACUUCUGUCCUCGGUGGAGUCAGUUGUUAUUGACGUUACGCCAGAAUCGACAACAGAUUUAGUUCCUCAUGACACCUCCAGAAAGGAUGUGGUAUUCCUUGUGGAUGGUUCUGAUGGCACAAGGAAUGGAUUCCCAGCAAUGCGUGAUUUUGUUCAGAGAGUAGUGGGGAAACUCAAUGUGGGAGGAGACAAAGACCGCGUUUCUGUUGUCCAGUACGGUAGAGAUCAAGAAGUUCAUUUCUAUCUGAACACAUACACCACAAAGGAGGACAUUCUUAACACUGUGAGAAGUCUGAGGCACAGAGGUGGUAGACCCCUUAACACUGGGGCAGCCCUCCAAUACGUAAGGGACAACGUCCUUACUGCCUCCUCUGGAAGCAGAAGCCAAGAGGGCGUCCCUCAGAUGCUGAUACUGCUGAGUGGGGGAAGGUCCAGUGAUAAUGUUGACAUACCAGCUUCUGCCCUGAAAGACAGUGGGGUCUUGAUCUUUGGCAUUGGAACCAGAAAUUCCAGCAGAGAGGUUCAAGGGAUUGCCACUGAUCCUAGUUUUUCCCAGUCUGUUUCUGAAUUCACUGACCUCCCCAGCGUCCAGGAGCAGUUUUUCUCCACACUCAUAACUGUACAAGUUGAGGCCACACCCAAAACCCCAACAGUCACAGUGGACCAAAGCAUUGCCAGAAAGGAUGUAGUAUUCCUGCUGGAUGGUUCUGAUGGCACUAGGAAUGGCUUUCCAGCAAUGCGUGACUUUGUUCAAAGAGUGGUAGAGAAACUCACUGUGGAGGAGAACAGAGAUCGAGUCUCUGUGGUCCAGUAUAGCAGAGAAUCAGAGGCCCACUUCUAUCUGAACACUUACACAACAAAUGAAGACGUUGUGAACACCGUAAGAGGCCUGAGGCACAAAGGAGGGAGACCCCUCAACACUGGGGCAGCUCUCCAGUAUGUCAGGGACAAUGUCUUUACUGCCUCCUCCGGAAGUAGGCGCCUUGAAGGUGUUCCACAGAUUCUGAUACUGCUGAAUGGUGGAAGGUCCUUUGACAAUGUAGAUACACCAGCGUCUGAUCUCAAGGAGCUUGGUGUCUUGGUGUUUGGAAUUGGAACAAGGAGCUCUGAUAGCAGAGAAUUACAGAAAAUAUCCUAUGACCCCAGUUAUGCUCUUUCCGUGUCUGAAUUUACUGACCUCCCCAACGUCCAACAGCAGCUUCUUUCUGCUAUGAGCACUGUCAUUGUACAGGUCACAACCAUGACACCAACAGUAAAACCAACAAUUCUAGUUGAGAGUCAGGCUCCCAGGAGGGAUGUUGUGUUCUUGCUGGAUGGAUCUGAUGGCACUAGGAGUGGAUUCCCAGCAAUGCGGGACUUUGUUCAAAGAGUAGUGGAGACACUCGGUGUGGAUGAGAACAAAGAUCGCGUGGCUGUGGUCCAGUACAGUAGAGAUCCAGCCGCCCAAUUCUAUCUGAACACAUACACAACAAAAGGAGAGAUUCUCAACACUGUACAAGGUCUGAGACACAAAGGUGGGAGACCUCUCAACACUGGAGCAGCUCUCCAGUACGUGAGAGACAAUGUCUUGACUGCCUCCUCCGGAAGUCGACGCACUGAAGGUGUUCCACAGUUACUGAUUCUGCUGAGUGGUGGAAGGUCCUUUGACAAUGUUGACACUCCAGCUUCUGCUCUGAAGGAGCUUGGGGUCUUGAUCUUUGGAAUUGGAACAAGGAGCUCUGAUAGCAGAGAAUUGCAGAGGAUAUCACAUGAUCCCAGUUACGCUCUGUCUGUCUCUGACUUCACUGACCUUCCAAACAUCCAGCAGCAACUUCUGUCCUCGGUGGAGUCAGUUGUUAUUGACGUUACGCCAGAAUCGACAACAGAUUUAGUUCCUCAUGACACCUCCAGAAAGGAUGUGGUAUUCCUUGUGGAUGGUUCUGAUGGCACAAGGAAUGGAUUCCCAGCAAUGCGUGAUUUUGUUCAGAGAGUAGUGGGGAAACUCAAUGUGGGACGAGACAAAGACCGCGUUUCUGUUGUCCAGUACGGUAGAGAUCAAGAAGUUCAUUUCUAUCUGAACACAUACACCACAAAGGAGGACAUUCUUAACACUGUGAGAAGUCUGAGGCACAGAGGUGGUAGACCCCUUAACACUGGGGCAGCCCUCCAAUACGUAAGGGACAACGUCCUUACUGCCUCCUCUGGAAGCAGAAGCCAAGAGGGCGUCCCUCAGAUGCUGAUACUGCUGAGUGGGGGAAGGUCCAGUGAUAAUGUUGACAUACCAGCUUCUGCCCUGAAAGACAGUGGGGUCUUGAUCUUUGGCAUUGGAACCAGAAAUUCCAGCAGAGAGGUUCAAGGGAUUGCCACUGAUCCUAGUUUUUCCCAGUCUGUUUCUGAAUUCACUGACCUCCCCAGCGUCCAGGAGCAGUUUUUCUCCACACUCAUAACUGUACAAGUUGAGGCCACACCCAAAACCCCAACAGUCACAGUGGACCAAAGCAUUGCCAGAAAGGAUGUAGUAUUCCUGCUGGAUGGUUCUGAUGGCACUAGGAAUGGCUUUCCAGCAAUGCGUGACUUUGUUCAAAGAGUGGUAGAGAAACUCACUGUGGAGGAGAACAGAGAUCGAGUCUCUGUGGUCCAGUAUAGCAGAGAAUCAGAGGCCCACUUCUAUCUGAACACUUACACAACAAAUGAAGACGUUGUGAACACCGUAAGAGGCCUGAGGCACAAAGGAGGGAGACCCCUCAACACUGGGGCAGCUCUCCAGUAUGUCAGGGACAAUGUCUUUACUGCCUCCUCCGGAAGUAGGCGCCUUGAAGGUGUUCCACAGAUUCUGAUACUGCUGAAUGGUGGAAGGUCCUUUGACAAUGUAGAUACACCAGCGUCUGAUCUCAAGGAGCUUGGUGUCUUGGUGUUUGGAAUUGGAACAAGGAGCUCUGAUAGCAGAGAAUUACAGAAAAUAUCCUAUGACCCCAGUUAUGCUCUUUCCGUGUCUGAAUUUACUGACCUCCCCAACGUCCAACAGCAGCUUCUUUCUGCUAUGAGCACUGUCAUUGUACAGGUCACAACCAUGACACCAACAGUAAAACCAACAAUUCUAGUUGAGAGUCAGGCUCCCAGGAGGGAUGUUGUGUUCUUGCUGGAUGGAUCUGAUGGCACUAGGAGUGGAUUCCCAGCAAUGCGGGACUUUGUUCAAAGAGUAGUGGAGACACUCGGUGUGGAUGAGAACAAAGAUCGCGUGGCUGUGGUCCAGUACAGUAGAGAUCCAGCCGCCCAAUUCUAUCUGAACACAUACACAACAAAAGGAGAGAUUCUCAACACUGUACGAGGUCUGAGACACAAAGGUGGGAGACCUCUCAACACUGGAGCAGCUCUCCAGUACGUGAGAGACAAUGUCUUGACUGCCUCCUCCGGAAGUCGACGCACUGAAGGUGUUCCACAGUUACUGAUUCUGCUGAGUGGUGGAAGGUCCUUUGACAAUGUUGACACUCCAGCUUCUGCUCUGAAGGAGCUUGGGGUCUUGAUCUUUGGAAUUGGAACAAGGAGCUCUGAUAGCAGAGAAUUGCAGAGGAUAUCACAUGAUCCCAGUUACGCUCUGUCUGUCUCUGACUUCACUGACCUUCCAAACAUCCAGCAGCAACUUCUGUCCUCGGUGGAGUCAGUUGUUAUUGACGUUACGCCAGAAUCGACAACAGAUUUAGUUCCUCAUGACACCUCCAGAAAGGAUGUGGUAUUCCUUGUGGAUGGUUCUGAUGGCACAAGGAAUGGAUUCCCAGCAAUGCGUGAUUUUGUUCAGAGAGUAGUGGGGAAACUCAAUGUGGGAGGAGACAAAGACCGCGUUUCUGUUGUCCAGUACGGUAGAGAUCAAGAAGUUCAUUUCUAUCUGAACACAUACACCACAAAGGAGGACAUUCUUAACACUGUGAGAAGUCUGAGGCACAGAGGUGGUAGACCCCUUAACACUGGGGCAGCCCUCCAAUACGUAAGGGACAACGUCCUUACUGCCUCCUCUGGAAGCAGAAGCCAAGAGGGCGUCCCUCAGAUGCUGAUACUGCUGAGUGGGGGAAGGUCCAGUGAUAAUGUUGACAUACCAGCUUCUGCCCUGAAAGACAGUGGGGUCUUGAUCUUUGGCAUUGGAACCAGAAAUUCCAGCAGAGAGGUUCAAGGGAUUGCCACUGAUCCUAGUUUUUCCCAGUCUGUUUCUGAAUUCACUGACCUCCCCAGCGUCCAGGAGCAGUUUUUCUCCACACUCAUAACUGUACAAGUUGAGGCCACACCCAAAACCCCAACAGUCACAGUGGACCAAAGCAUUGCCAGAAAGGAUGUAGUAUUCCUGCUGGAUGGUUCUGAUGGCACUAGGAAUGGCUUUCCAGCAAUGCGUGACUUUGUUCAAAGAGUGGUAGAGAAACUCACUGUGGAGGAGAACAGAGAUCGAGUCUCUGUGGUCCAGUAUAGCAGAGAAUCAGAGGCCCACUUCUAUCUGAACACUUACACAACAAAGGAAGACGUUGUGAACACCGUAAGAGGCCUGAGGCACAAAGGAGGGAGACCCCUCAACACUGGGGCAGCUCUCCAGUAUGUCAGGGACAAUGUCUUUACUGCCUCCUCCGGAAGUAGGCGCCUUGAAGGUGUUCCACAGAUUCUGAUACUGCUGAAUGGUGGAAGGUCCUUUGACAAUGUAGAUACACCAGCGUCUGAUCUCAAGGAGCUUGGUGUCUUGGUGUUUGGAAUUGGAACAAGGAGCUCUGAUAGCAGAGAAUUACAGAAAAUAUCCUAUGACCCCAGUUAUGCUCUUUCCGUGUCUGAAUUUACUGACCUCCCCAACGUCCAACAGCAGCUUCUUUCUGCUAUGAGCACUGUCAUUGUACAGGUCACAACCAUGACACCAACAGUAAAACCAACAAUUCUAGUUGAGAGUCAGGCUCCCAGGAGGGAUGUUGUGUUCUUGCUGGAUGGAUCUGAUGGCACUAGGAGUGGAUUCCCAGCAAUGCGGGACUUUGUUCAAAGAGUAGUGGAGACACUCGGUGUGGAUGAGAACAAAGAUCGCGUGGCUGUGGUCCAGUACAGUAGAGAUCCAGCCGCCCAAUUCUAUCUGAACACAUACACAACAAAAGGAGAGAUUCUCAACACUGUACGAGGUCUGAGACACAAAGGUGGGAGACCUCUCAACACUGGAGCAGCUCUCCAGUACGUGAGAGACAAUGUCUUGACUGCCUCCUCCGGAAGUCGACGCACUGAAGGUGUUCCACAGUUACUGAUUCUGCUGAGUGGUGGAAGGUCCUUUGACAAUGUUGACACUCCAGCUUCUGCUCUGAAGGAGCUUGGGGUCUUGAUCUUUGGAAUUGGAACAAGGAGCUCUGAUAGCAGAGAAUUGCAGAGGAUAUCACAUGAUCCCAGUUACGCUCUGUCUGUCUCUGACUUCACUGACCUUCCAAACAUCCAGCAGCAACUUCUGUCCUCGGUGGAGUCAGUUGUUAUUGACGUUACGCCAGAAUCGACAACAGAUUUAGUUCCUCAUGACACCUCCAGAAAGGAUGUGGUAUUCCUUGUGGAUGGUUCUGAUGGCACAAGGAAUGGAUUCCCAGCAAUGCGUGAUUUUGUUCAGAGAGUAGUGGGGAAACUCAAUGUGGGAGGAGACAAAGACCGCGUUUCUGUUGUCCAGUACGGUAGAGAUCAAGAAGUUCAUUUCUAUCUGAACACAUACACCACAAAGGAGGACAUUCUUAACACUGUGAGAAGUCUGAGGCACAGAGGUGGUAGACCCCUUAACACUGGGGCAGCCCUCCAAUACGUAAGGGACAACGUCCUUACUGCCUCCUCUGGAAGCAGAAGCCAAGAGGGCGUCCCUCAGAUGCUGAUACUGCUGAGUGGGGGAAGGUCCAGUGAUAAUGUUGACAUACCAGCUUCUGCCCUGAAAGACAGUGGGGUCUUGAUCUUUGGCAUUGGAACCAGAAAUUCCAGCAGAGAGGUUCAAGGGAUUGCCACUGAUCCUAGUUUUUCCCAGUCUGUUUCUGAAUUCACUGACCUCCCCAGCGUCCAGGAGCAGUUUUUCUCCACACUCAUAACUGUACAAGUUGAGGCCACACCCAAAACCCCAACAGUCACAGUGGACCAAAGCAUUGCCAGAAAGGAUGUAGUAUUCCUGCUGGAUGGUUCUGAUGGCACUAGGAAUGGCUUUCCAGCAAUGCGUGACUUUGUUCAAAGAGUGGUAGAGAAACUCACUGUGGAGGAGAACAGAGAUCGAGUCUCUGUGGUCCAGUAUAGCAGAGAAUCAGAGGCCCACUUCUAUCUGAACACUUACACAACAAAUGAAGACGUUGUGAACACCGUAAGAGGCCUGAGGCACAAAGGAGGGAGACCCCUCAACACUGGGGCAGCUCUCCAGUAUGUCAGGGACAAUGUCUUUACUGCCUCCUCCGGAAGUAGGCGCCUUGAAGGUGUUCCACAGAUUCUGAUACUGCUGAAUGGUGGAAGGUCCUUUGACAAUGUAGAUACACCAGCGUCUGAUCUCAAGGAGCUUGGUGUCUUGGUGUUUGGAAUUGGAACAAGGAGCUCUGAUAGCAGAGAAUUACAGAAAAUAUCCUAUGACCCCAGUUAUGCUCUUUCCGUGUCUGAAUUUACUGACCUCCCCAACGUCCAACAGCAGCUUCUUUCUGCUAUGAGCACUGUCAUUGUACAGGUCACAACCAUGACACCAACAGUAAAACCAACAAUUCUAGUUGAGAGUCAGGCUCCCAGGAGGGAUGUUGUGUUCUUGCUGGAUGGAUCUGAUGGCACUAGGAGUGGAUUCCCAGCAAUGCGGGACUUUGUUCAAAGAGUAGUGGAGACACUCGGUGUGGAUGAGAACAAAGAUCGCGUGGCUGUGGUCCAGUACAGUAGAGAUCCAGCCGCCCAAUUCUAUCUGAACACAUACACAACAAAAGGAGAGAUUCUCAACACUGUACAAGGUCUGAGACACAAAGGUGGGAGACCUCUCAACACUGGAGCAGCUCUCCAGUACGUGAGAGACAAUGUCUUGACUGCCUCCUCCGGAAGUCGACGCACUGAAGGUGUUCCACAGUUACUGAUUCUGCUGAGUGGUGGAAGGUCCUUUGACAAUGUUGACACUCCAGCUUCUGCUCUGAAGGAGCUUGGGGUCUUGAUCUUUGGAAUUGGAACAAGGAGCUCUGAUAGCAGAGAAUUGCAGAGGAUAUCACAUGAUCCCAGUUACGCUCUGUCUGUCUCUGACUUCACUGACCUUCCAAACAUCCAGCAGCAACUUCUGUCCUCGGUGGAGUCAGUUGUUAUUGACGUUACGCCAGAAUCGACAACAGAUUUAGUUCCUCAUGACACCUCCAGAAAGGAUGUGGUAUUCCUUGUGGAUGGUUCUGAUGGCACAAGGAAUGGAUUCCCAGCAAUGCGUGAUUUUGUUCAGAGAGUAGUGGGGAAACUCAAUGUGGGAGGAGACAAAGACCGCGUUUCUGUUGUCCAGUACGGUAGAGAUCAAGAAGUUCAUUUCUAUCUGAACACAUACACCACAAAGGAGGACAUUCUUAACACUGUGAGAAGUCUGAGGCACAGAGGUGGUAGACCCCUUAACACUGGGGCAGCCCUCCAAUACGUAAGGGACAACGUCCUUACUGCCUCCUCUGGAAGCAGAAGCCAAGAGGGCGUCCCUCAGAUGCUGAUACUGCUGAGUGGGGGAAGGUCCAGUGAUAAUGUUGACAUACCAGCUUCUGCCCUGAAAGACAGUGGGGUCUUGAUCUUUGGCAUUGGAACCAGAAAUUCCAGCAGAGAGGUUCAAGGGAUUGCCACUGAUCCUAGUUUUUCCCAGUCUGUUUCUGAAUUCACUGACCUCCCCAGCGUCCAGGAGCAGUUUUUCUCCACACUCAUAACUGUACAAGUUGAGGCCACACCCAAAACCCCAACAGUCACAGUGGACCAAAGCAUUGCCAGAAAGGAUGUAGUAUUCCUGCUGGAUGGUUCUGAUGGCACUAGGAAUGGCUUUCCAGCAAUGCGUGACUUUGUUCAAAGAGUGGUAGAGAAACUCACUGUGGAGGAGAACAGAGAUCGAGUCUCUGUGGUCCAGUAUAGCAGAGAAUCAGAGGCCCACUUCUAUCUGAACACUUACACAACAAAUGAAGACGUUGUGAACACCGUAAGAGGCCUGAGGCACAAAGGAGGGAGACCCCUCAACACUGGGGCAGCUCUCCAGUAUGUCAGGGACAAUGUCUUUACUGCCUCCUCCGGAAGUAGGCGCCUUGAAGGUGUUCCACAGAUUCUGAUACUGCUGAAUGGUGGAAGGUCCUUUGACAAUGUAGAUACACCAGCGUCUGAUCUCAAGGAGCUUGGUGUCUUGGUGUUUGGAAUUGGAACAAGGAGCUCUGAUAGCAGAGAAUUACAGAAAAUAUCCUAUGACCCCAGUUAUGCUCUUUCCGUGUCUGAAUUUACUGACCUCCCCAACGUCCAACAGCAGCUUCUUUCUGCUAUGAGCACUGUCAUUGUACAGGUCACAACCAUGACACCAACAGUAAAACCAACAAUUCUAGUUGAGAGUCAGGCUCCCAGGAGGGAUGUUGUGUUCUUGCUGGAUGGAUCUGAUGGCACUAGGAGUGGAUUCCCAGCAAUGCGGGACUUUGUUCAAAGAGUAGUGGAGACACUCGGUGUGGAUGAGAACAAAGAUCGCGUGGCUGUGGUCCAGUACAGUAGAGAUCCAGCCGCCCAAUUCUAUCUGAACACAUACACAACAAAAGGAGAGAUUCUCAACACUGUACAAGGUCUGAGACACAAAGGUGGGAGACCUCUCAACACUGGAGCAGCUCUCCAGUACGUGAGAGACAAUGUCUUGACUGCCUCCUCCGGAAGUCGACGCACUGAAGGUGUUCCACAGUUACUGAUUCUGCUGAGUGGUGGAAGGUCCUUUGACAAUGUUGACACUCCAGCUUCUGCUCUGAAGGAGCUUGGGGUCUUGAUCUUUGGAAUUGGAACAAGGAGCUCUGAUAGCAGAGAAUUGCAGAGGAUAUCACAUGAUCCCAGUUACGCUCUGUCUGUCUCUGACUUCACUGACCUUCCAAACAUCCAGCAGCAACUUCUGUCCUCGGUGGAGUCAGUUGUUAUUGACGUUACGCCAGAAUCGACAACAGAUUUAGUUCCUCAUGACACCUCCAGAAAGGAUGUGGUAUUCCUUGUGGAUGGUUCUGAUGGCACAAGGAAUGGAUUCCCAGCAAUGCGUGAUUUUGUUCAGAGAGUAGUGGGGAAACUCAAUGUGGGAGGAGACAAAGACCGCGUUUCUGUUGUCCAGUACGGUAGAGAUCAAGAAGUUCAUUUCUAUCUGAACACAUACACCACAAAGGAGGACAUUCUUAACACUGUGAGAAGUCUGAGGCACAGAGGAGGUAGACCCCUUAACACUGGGGCAGCCCUCCAAUACGUAAGGGACAAUGUCCUUACUGCCUCCUCUGGAAGCAGAAGCCAAGAGGGCGUCCCUCAGAUGCUGAUACUGCUGAGUGGGGGAAGGUCCAGUGAUAAUGUUGACAUACCAGCUUCUGCCCUGAAAGACAGUGGGGUCUUGAUCUUUGGCAUUGGAACCAGAAAUUCCAGCAGAGAGGUUCAAGGGAUUGCCACUGAUCCUAGUUUUUCCCAGUCUGUUUCUGAAUUCACUGACCUCCCCAGCGUCCAGGGGCAGUUUUUCUCCACACUCAUAACUGUACAAGUUGAGGCCACACCCAAAACCCCAACAGUCACAGUGGACCAAAGCAUUGCCAGAAAGGAUGUAGUAUUCCUGCUGGAUGGUUCUGAUGGCACUAGGAAUGGCUUUCCAGCAAUGCGUGACUUUGUUCAAAGAGUGGUAGAGAAACUCACUGUGGAGGAGAACAGAGAUCGAGUCUCUGUGGUCCAGUAUAGCAGAGAAUCAGAGGCCCACUUCUAUCUGAACACUUACACAACAAAGGAAGACGUUGUGAACACCGUAAGAGGCCUGAGGCACAAAGGAGGGAGACCCCUCAACACUGGGGCAGCUCUCCAGUAUGUCAGGGACAAUGUCUUUACUGCCUCCUCCGGAAGUAGGCGCCUUGAAGGUGUUCCACAGAUUCUGAUACUGCUGAAUGGUGGAAGGUCCUUUGACAAUGUAGAUACACCAGCGUCUGAUCUCAAGGAGCUUGGUGUCUUGGUGUUUGGAAUUGGAACAAGGAGCUCUGAUAGCAGAGAAUUACAGAAAAUAUCCUAUGACCCCAGUUAUGCUCUUUCCGUGUCUGAAUUUACUGACCUCCCCAACGUCCAACAGCAGCUUCUUUCUGCUAUGAGCACUGUCAUUGUACAGGUCACAACCAUGACACCAACAGUAAAACCAACAAUUCUAGUUGAGAGUCAGGCUCCCAGGAGGGAUGUUGUGUUCUUGCUGGAUGGAUCUGAUGGCACUAGGAGUGGAUUCCCAGCAAUGCGGGACUUUGUUCAAAGAGUAGUGGAGACACUCGGUGUGGAUGAGAACAAAGAUCGCGUGGCUGUGGUCCAGUACAGUAGAGAUCCAGCCGCCCAAUUCUAUCUGAACACAUACACAACAAAAGGAGAGAUUCUCAACACUGUACGAGGUCUGAGACACAAAGGUGGGAGACCUCUCAACACUGGAGCAGCUCUCCAGUACGUGAGAGACAAUGUCUUGACUGCCUCCUCCGGAAGUCGACGCACUGAAGGUGUUCCACAGUUACUGAUUCUGCUGAGUGGUGGAAGGUCCUUUGACAAUGUUGACACUCCAGCUUCUGCUCUGAAGGAGCUUGGGGUCUUGAUCUUUGGAAUUGGAACAAGGAGCUCUGAUAGCAGAGAAUUGCAGAGGAUAUCACAUGAUCCCAGUUACGCUCUGUCUGUCUCUGACUUCACUGACCUUCCAAACAUCCAGCAGCAACUUCUGUCCUCGGUGGAGUCAGUUGUUAUUGACGUUACGCCAGAAUCGACAACAGAUUUAGUUCCUCAUGACACCUCCAGAAAGGAUGUGGUAUUCCUUGUGGAUGGUUCUGAUGGCACAAGGAAUGGAUUCCCAGCAAUGCGUGAUUUUGUUCAGAGAGUAGUGGGGAAACUCAAUGUGGGAGGAGACAAAGACCGCGUUUCUGUUGUCCAGUACGGUAGAGAUCAAGAAGUUCAUUUCUAUCUGAACACAUACACCACAAAGGAGGACAUUCUUAACACUGUGAGAAGUCUGAGGCACAGAGGAGGUAGACCCCUUAACACUGGGGCAGCCCUCCAAUACGUAAGGGACAACGUCCUUACUGCCUCCUCUGGAAGCAGAAGCCAAGAGGGCGUCCCUCAGAUGCUGAUACUGCUGAGUGGGGGAAGGUCCAGUGAUAAUGUUGACAUACCAGCUUCUGCCCUGAAAGACAGUGGGGUCUUGAUCUUUGGCAUUGGAACCAGAAAUUCCAGCAGAGAGGUUCAAGGGAUUGCCACUGAUCCUAGUUUUUCCCAGUCUGUUUCUGAAUUCACUGACCUCCCCAGCGUCCAGGAGCAGUUUUUCUCCACACUCAUAACUGUACAAGUUGAGGCCACACCCAAAACCCCAACAGUCACAGUGGACCAAAGCAUUGCCAGAAAGGAUGUAGUAUUCCUGCUGGAUGGUUCUGAUGGCACUAGGAAUGGCUUUCCAACAAUGCGUGACUUUGUUCAAAGAGUGGUAGAGAAACUCACUGUGGAGGAGAACAGAGAUCGAGUCUCUGUGGUCCAGUAUAGCAGAGAAUCAGAGGCCCACUUCUAUCUGAACACUUACACAACAAAGGAAGACGUUGUGAACACCGUAAGAGGCCUGAGGCACAAAGGAGGGAGACCCCUCAACACUGGGGCAGCUCUCCAGUAUGUCAGGGACAAUGUCUUUACUGCCUCCUCCGGAAGUAGGCGCCUUGAAGGUGUUCCACAGAUUCUGAUACUGCUGAAUGGUGGAAGGUCCUUUGACAAUGUAGAUACACCAGCGUCUGAUCUCAAGGAGCUUGGUGUCUUGGUGUUUGGAAUUGGAACAAGGAGCUCUGAUAGCAGAGAAUUACAGAAAAUAUCCUAUGACCCCAGUUAUGCUCUUUCAGUGUCUGAAUUUACUGACCUCCCCAACGUCCAACAGCAGCUUCUUUCUGCUAUUAGCACUGUCAUUGUACAGGUCACAACCAUGACACCAACAGUAAAACCAACAAUUCUAGGUAAGAUAAAUAUGGUUUUGAUCAGUUCCAUUUUCACUCUUACAUCAGGAUUUGAGUAUUUGAUAGCUUUGACAUUUUAGGUAGAUGCCUCCCGAGGCCUUUCAUGUUGGA